ACUUUUGUUUGCAGGCUGCGUCCACUCGCCGUCUGCUUUCUCCCGCAGGUCAGCUCCGCCGAGGGGGCGGCGAAGGAGGAGCCCAAGAGGAGAUCGGCGAAGUUGUCAGCUAAACCGGCUCCUGCAAAAGUGGAAACGAAGCCAAAAAAGGCGGCAGGAAAGGAUAAAUCUUCCGACAAAAACGUGCAAACAAAAGGGAAAAGGGGAGCAAAGGGAAAACAGGCUGAAGUGGCUAACCAAGAGACUAAAGAAGACUUACCUGCAGAAAAUGGAGAAACUAAAAAUGAGGAGAGCCCACCUUCUGAUGAAGCAGGAGAGAAAGAAGCCAAGUCUGAUUAAUAUCACACACCUGGUCCUAUCAGUGGUCCCUGUUUCCCUUGUACAAUCCAGAGGAAUAUUUUUAUCAACUAUUUUGUAAAUGCAAGUUUUUUAGUAGCUCUAGAAACAUUUUUAAAAAGGAAGGAAUCCCACCUCAUCCAAUUUU